GGCAGCUUCCCAAGUCACCAAAUUCAAACAAAGAAGAAUAAAAACCCUAGCGGCCCCAUUCGCCACUUUCCCUCUCUGCUCCGCUUCCACCUCAUCACAAACCUCUUGUGAUGUUGUGUUGAGUGAGGGAACAGAACCAAACAGAAGACAAGAGAAGAGCUUUGAUGGGGAAGGUGUCGCCGAAGGAGAAGGGUUGGAGGGUUAAGGGGAGGAGGCAGGUUCGGAGCUCCGGGAACAAGUACCUGAGGCCCGGGACGCUGGCUCAGCUUCGGUGUGCCAAGCCUUCAGGUUCGGCUUGCUGCAACGAUUUCGCCAAGAAGUUGCAUACCAGGAAGAGUGGGGGUGUUUCGCAUGAGGAGAAUGCGAGGGUCUACGAUAAGAGCCCUGUGAUGCUGUCGCCGGUGAAUUUGGUUAAACACGCUGGCUUCGUUGGGACCCCCAAAACCCCUCGCCUCGACGAUACCCUAUCGGAAUCCAAGCUCGAGUCUCUCCCCAUGGAUUUGCUCGUUAAAAUACUAUGCCACCUGCACCAUGACCAACUGAAGGCUGUCUUUCACGUUUCUCAAAGAAUUAGGAAAGCUGUUGUGAUUGCAAGGCAGUAUCACUUCAAUUAUACUACUCCAGAUCGCUCUCGGCAAGAGAUGUUGAGCAGAAUGACUCCUCUUCCUACUGAGCAUUGGCCUUUUUUCUGCAAGGGUGAUGGAAAGGGAGUGAGGAUUCCAAGCCCACACACACCUAAAGCACCCAGACAUGGGCCAAGACCUCCUUCUCGCCUAAAAAUUUCAGAGAUGAGGCAGGUUACAGCUGUUCUUUUCCCAGAGUCAGCCUUCCCUUCUCGCUGUUUGGUGCCAUCAGUUAUACCAAAGCCCCUGUUCAAAUCCUUGGCUUCUAAUAGAGUUCUCUUCUAUGAAGAUGAACUAUGCAAAGCAGUUGCUCAGAAUAAACUUCGUUGAUGCAAUUGUCUUCAAUUUCUUUCUCUUCACUGCCUCGUGGUCAUGUUUCCCUGCUGCUGUGUAUAUUCUCUUUUGGUCCCUACUCUCUAGUGAAUGUUAGAAUAGUAAAAAUGCAAUUUUGUAGACUGUCUUGGGGGCAGUUUAGCUGGUGUGGAUAUUUCAGAUGUCUAAAUAGGGUCUACGAUGGUUGUGGUAAUAAUAUUAUUAUAAUCAUUACUUGUAUAUGUCUUGUAUGCCUGAAACAAUUGUGAGUUUCCUUUAGAAACAGUUGAAGGGAUCUUCCAUAUUAGUAUAAAAGGCUGUGUUCUUUUUACCUA